AUGACCAUGAGCGACCCAACAACCUGGGAGGAGUUGGCUCAAAAGACCGAAUCACUACGCCCAUUCAUCACACCGACAGACGUCUCGGUAUACGAUACCAUCUACCCGUCCAAAGCCCACCCUAAAAUCGCCAUCAUAGCUUCUCUAAUGAAUGAGCUCUAUACAAUAUUCAUCAAGAUGCAUUACCUACCUCCCUCUUCAGUGUCUUUUGCUCCCCAUACCAGCACCCCGAUCUCUCUACGACAUGCUGCUUUAUUCGGACUAGAGAAACAAGUAGUGGAUCUGCUGCAACUACUUCCAAAUCACGACAAAACACGCCCGACCUGGAACUUUGGUUCCGAUGCUGGAGAAUUUGUUCACGGGGGCGAGUUCGAUGAAGACAUAAGGGGAGAGGGCAAAGAAGAGGCUUGGUGGAGGAAAUGCGUGGAUCCGUUGUACCAUUUGGAUGUUGGGCGAGAGGGACAGAGUGCGGUGGGGUGGAGUCUGGUGUGUGAAGAUCUUGAUGAGGAAAGUGGAGAGAUGGAGGAAGAGGAGGAGAAAGAGAAGGGCUGGUUGAUGAUUGAUGAGCCAGAAGAAGACGAUCUCGAAGAUCAAGAUUGGCAGGUAGACGAGGAAGAAACGAGCGAUACUUCCUCCUUGGAUUCCGAAGACGAUACCAACGAAGAACAAGCUUUUGAGGACGAGAUUAUCCAGGAAGAAGAACUUGUUCUACUGCAACAAGACACCUUCCUCGCAGAAGCAGCAUUGGAGGAACAGAAAGUAGCAGACGCAAGAGCCGAGGAAGAGUCACAAGCCAGGAGAAGAGUCUACAGAGAAGAUCUCAGGAACGAGCGCCUCCUUCUCUAUAUUCGGCCCUGGCACGUAACCCUCAACAGCAUUGGCAACCACGGCACAGUCCUGUUCCUCAACACGCACAACUUCACGAUUUCCGAAACUGGCUUUGGAAACAUCUGCGACUUUAGACACAAUGCAAUUCCCUACUUACGCAAUAUUGUAACGAACUUCAAGGAUCUUACUUGGAUGCCUGGAGGACUGUGUUCACCAGUGGACGGUGAGAGGUAUGCAGCAUAUAAACAACUCUACCUCGAUACGGGAUGGCCAGAGACCUUCGACGGCGACAAGUUCGACAAACUGAGAGAGAAAUACGAGAACAAGAUACACCAACGAUACCGCGACCAAGCGCCUUUGAGAGAGCUAUGCGGGCAUAUUGCUGAAAUGCAAUCACGCGAACUCAGCAAACUCCACUAUCACCAUGCGAUCCAGAAACUAUCCCUCUUACCCUCCACUGCUGAGACUAGCGAACGCAAGCACUUGGAACAGACAAUCGAUCGCUGUGGAAGAGAGUUUCUACCAUCUUACUUCGAACCUGUGGGUGAGGAUGUGCUCAAAGGCUUGACAACUAAACUCGACGACAUGCUCAACAAAGGAUGCACAGAGCAACAAGUCAAGUACAUGAGAACCGCAAUUGCAGAAACAAAACUUGAGAUGCAAGCCACCAGUUUCGAAGAGAGGGAUUGGUCGUUUUAUGAGCUAAGGAGAAAAGAAGCAUUGGCUGUUGAUGUAGAGACAAGGGUAAUGUUUGACUGGCACGGUGCUUGGAGAGGUUCAAAGAUUGAUCCGGAUGUGGUGUUGACACCAGAGAUGAUUCAGGAAAUGGCGAGAGAGAGGUUCGAGAGAUACAAGAAGUAG